AUGGCUGUCUCACUUCCGGACUCGUUUGCUGAGUUGCUGCGGUCAAAGUUCGAGGACGCGAAAAAGAGCGGGACUCUUGUUUUCACGGACUCGGUUGCUGAGGAUGUGGAGGUUAAGAACGUGUCGUUCCAAAUAAGACUUGCAGAGGGGCUGUCAAAGAAACCUGCUCCGUCUGAAGAGAAAUCAGAAGACAAAACUCCAAAACCAAAGUUCAACCCAUUCCUCAAUCCCGACCCCGACCUCCUUCUCUGCGACCUUGGCCCCGACUACCGACUUGUUCUCAACAAAUUCAGCAUCGUCCCAUACCACUUCCUCUGCAUCACCAAAGACUUCAGGCCGCAGUCCUCGCCGCUCUCGGAGGAGGAUCUGGAAGCGACCUGGGCCUGUUUGCAGGCUGACAGUGUCGAGGAUGGAAAGAAGCUGAUGGCGUUUUAUAAUUGCGGCGAGGUCUCUGGCGCUAGUCAGAGUCAUAAGCAUGUGCAGUUUAUUCCGAUUCCCGAGAAAUCCAAGCUUAUUCCUGAUGUGGCCUUGACGUAUGGUAACUCAAAGAGCCAAGAUGCAAUCGGCGAGUUCCCAACCUUCAACCCCGAGAUCCCAUUCGCGCACUUUGUCCUGCCGAUCCCACCCUCCGCCACCGCCGAAGACCUCGUAAUGCGCUUCUCGUCCCUUCUCGCGCGCACGCUGACCGCUCUUCACGAGCACGGCCAAAAGGGUAUCGCGUUCAACUUUGCCAUGACAAAGGAAUGGAUGUUCAUGGCGCCUCGGACAAAGGCGUUUUACGAAGACGUGUCGGUUAAUGCGACCGGUAUGGUCGGCAUGUUGAUGGCAAAGUCAACCGAGCAGCUCGAGUUUAUCAAGUCUACUGGGCCGCUUGAGGUUUUGCUUGGAGUUUCUGUGCCGUUGAAGUUGGAGGAUGAAAAACAUCACCACUACUGA